AUGCAGUUCACUCUCGCUUCCAUCCUCGCCAUCGCCGCUGUUGUCACUGCAGCUCCUGCUCCUGGCCUGCCCAUCCUCGGCGGCGGAGAGGACGACGGCCGUGAGAGUGCCCCCCAGCCCCAGGGCGGUGAUACUACCACUACCACCACGACCAACACCAAUAGCAACAACAAGGUCUGCUCCGUUGAGAACCAGCAGGUUUGCUGCACUGGCCUUCUCGCCUGCGCUGUCCAGCUUCUUGGAGAGGAAUGCAAGGGCGGAAACGCUUACUGCUGCAACACUGGAGCUGAGAAGGGCACUUUGAUCAACAUUGCUCUUGCCAACUGCGUUGACAUUCUCUAA